AACAUCAAAAUAAUUCUUGUUUCCUCACAUUUGAUGAUAAAUUAAUUGUGCUGUCUGCCUUUUGUCGGAAACAAUAAACGUUGUGUGGUAGUGGACGCGCUGCGAAGUAUAGCAAAGAAUACUAAAAGUUAUAAGUUAACGUGUACAAAACCGAAAAAAAACAUUGUGUGAAAUAUUUUCGCAAUUGUUUAGCAAUAAAAAUUGGAAAGUUGUGCUUUAAUUAAGUGAGCGUGUAGAUUUUAUGAAUGGAGCAAAGUGAAGAAGUAAACGACAAUCUGGAGCACGGCAGCAACGCCAUAGCGUCUGUUUCCAGAGUGUUGGCAAUGCGCGACGACGUCAAUGCAGCAGUAAUUGUGCCAUUCGAGGUUGAAUCGAAUUCGCAAUUGCCUACUACGUCAGUGUCUGCAACAUCAAGUGCAACAACAGCAACAACAAUUGCAGACAAUGCUACUGCAGCUGAUGCCGUAAUCGAUCUAUGCAAUACCAGCCAAACACCUUCUACAUCCAAGACAGCUGCUGCUGCGGCAGUCAUUAAUUUAGAUAGCAGUCAGGAGGAGGAGCAAUCACAUAGUGAUGAGGAUGUUGCAGGACCUUCAGUCACAAUCGAGUGCCCAAUAUGCCUUCAAACAUGUAUACACCCAGCCCGUCUGCCAUGUGGGCAUAUCUUUUGUUUCCUAUGCGUGAAAGGCGUGGCCUACAAAAAUCGUCGCUGUGCUAUGUGUAGACGUGAAAUACCGCCUGAAUUUCUAGACCAUCCCGAUUUGGUGAAUGGCAUCGAUGAUAUUUGCGCAACAAAAUCCACCGAAGAUGGUUAUCAGUGGUUCUAUGAGGGACGUAAUGGUUGGUGGCAGUACGAUGAUCGUACCAGUCAGGAUAUUGAGGAGGCUUUUAAGAAGGGCGAAAAGUCCUGCAUCAUAUUAGUGGCUGGUUAUGUCUAUGUAGUCGAUCUGGAGACGAUGGUACAACAGCGUCAAAAUGAGCCAAGUCGUUGCCGACGCGUUAAACGUGAUCUGGCUACAAUACCCAAAAAAGGUGUAGCAGGUCUACGCAUUGAGGGCAACACUGUCAUCACCGAUUCAAAUUUCGCCUCACAAAUCUAUCAGCAACAGCAACAAAGUAUCAGUGUGGGACUCGGUGCUGCCAAUACGCCAACAGAUUCCGUUUCCGAUCUCAGUUUACCACUAAAUUAUUAUAGCAUGCGACAUCCGGCCAAUGCUAGUGAUUUCAUCUCGACAAUUGCUGCCACCGAUGCCGCUAUACGCAUAGCCAGCGAUAUAAUCGGCUCUACAUUGGCGCAUGCCGAUGAAUUGUCGCGCAACACAGCGGCUGUGGCGGCCGCCGCAAACGCACAACAACAACAGCAGCAACACACAGACGAUGCAAAUGCCGUGCAACGUAUGAGUGGUGAGAAUACAGGGAAUUACAGUGGCAGUGGCUAUGCAACGGCGGUUAAUAGCACAGCCGGCACAACCACGUCAUCGAGCCAUUUGACGAGUGUCGGUAGCGGCGGCGGCGGCAGUGGCAGUGUUGCCGCUGCGGCGCUUGUAGCGCAUGGUAGUCGCGAGUUGCUUGACGCAGCUGAAGAUCUGCUGGAUGCGACACAGAAUGUGAUCUCCGAAGCGGAUCAGCAGACAAUCGAUCUGUUUGAGCAGACAUUGAACGAUUUCCAUGCGUUGACAUUACGCAACCUCAUCGACUCGGACAGUGACGAGGAGAAUGGUGGUGACGUGGACGGCCGUUAUGCGCAGCGUCAUAUACGUUUCUAGAAGUGCGCGACGCGUAAUGAAUUAGACACAAUUGAGCGCAAUCGCACACACACACAUACAUUAAAGACACACAAAAACAAAAUUAGUAACAAACUUAUGUACAUAUGUAUGUUUGUUAUUGUUGUUUAGGGAAGUGUGCAUUUACAUUAAAAGUAUUCGGCUGCGUGUGUUGUACAGCCGCCUAGUAUAACGGAACCGACAUAUAAUCAUAAUAGUUACACCUUCGUUUGUAUGUAUGUAUGUGCCUGUAUGUUAAAUACUUACAAUCACUUGAAAACGGUAAAUGCUAAGAUCGCUUAACUUACUUAAAAAUAACUUAAAAGCAUACUAACACACUAUAAAUAAGCGCAAAUUAUUGUUAGUGUAGGAAAAUAGCUAUUAAAUAUAGUAUACGUAGUGCAGAGACGACAUUAAAAACUGUAAGUUAUGUACCUGGUAAACGCAAAUCUAUAAAUUCUAUAAGAGCCUACAGUUUCCAAGUUAGGUUGUUCUAGUUUAGUGAAAAUCACAAAUGAAAGGUAUAACUGAAAUAAUAACUGAAAAAAAAUAUUUAAGAAAUACAAAAACUACAAGCAAACCAUGCAAACCAUGCAAAGUUAGUACGAAAAAGCACUACAGUUAAUUUUAAUGUGACUUGCCAAAUAGUGAAGUAUGGAAAAAAGCUCAUUAAAAAAUAUUCUAAAUACAUAUAUAGCUAACGACUAAAUAUAAUCCUAUAUAGUAUAUACAGUUGAACUUUCAUAACUCGAACUUUCAUAAACUCUUGAAUUGGCAAUAGAAGUCAAAUUUCAUACAAAUUACCUUCCGUAACUCGAAAGUCGCUCUAACUCGAAGUUUUUUUGUGGAUUAUGGUGAUUCGAGUUAGGGAAGUUUAACUGUAUGUAUAUGAAAAUACGUAGUAAAUAGUAUUAAAAAGAAAAUAAGAAAAAACGCCAAUUAAGUUGAUAUGAAUUAAUGCUUCCGAUAGAUAUUUUCUAAACAUUACAUCUAAAAUGAUCUCUAAAAUUAACAAUAAAAGCAAGUAGUUGUAAGUCAAUACGUAUUUUGAAAUAUAAUAUACAGUUUUUCGGGUGGAAGAAAGUAAAAAAUUGAUUCUUUAAUUAACUUUUUUUAUAAUUGAAGACUUCGACUUACGUCAUAACCUCAAAUUUUAUCGAUUAAAUUGUAUUAAUAAAAUUACCAAAUUUAGUAUUAAAUUAAUUUUUUGUAUAAUUUGCAUCAGAACCUCAAAUCAUAUAAAUUAAUUUUAUUAAUGAAAAUAUGAAUUUAAUUUUUGUUUUUAUUAUUUUUUGCUUGAAUUUUAUAUUUUAUUUAUUUGUUUACUUUUUUUGCGUUCUAAACUCCAUUUUAAUCAAUUAACUUGACAAUGAACUUGCCAAAUUGUUUCUUUAACUUUCAUUAUAUUUUACGAUAUGCGUUAUAACCUCAAAUUUUAUAAAUUAAUUUGUAUCAAUGGAAUUAACAAAUUUAAUAUUAUUAUUAUUUUUGUUUGAAUUUAACUUUUUUGUUUAGUUAUAUUUUAUUUUUAUAAAAAAGUUAAGGAUUGCUUUAAUUCAUAUUGACUGUAACUGUUUUCGUCUUGCUAAUUCUUAAUCCUUCUAAAUGAUAACACUGUACAACACUCGGCUUGCUAUUGGACAAAAAAAAAAUUUCGGUAGAUUGAGAUUGCAAAAUUGUAUUCUCCGAUUUUCGAAGUUAGCAUCCAAAAUCUAAAUAUUAGACUUCUAUGUUCGAAAAAAGGACUUUCAAAAAAUAUUAUUAAUUACCGGAUAUAGCAACUAAAAAUUCCCAAAUAAUGAUAUAAUCUAAUUUUCUUCUUAAUUCACUGGUAUAUAAGACCUUUUUGUCAAGCUUCUGUGACAGAUGUUAUAAGGGAUUCAGUAUUUUACGAUGUAUAUUUUUUUAUAUUUUUCGGAGAUCAAACUUUGACCCUUCCCUUUAUACAUCAUUGAAUUAGGAGGAAAAUAUAGAUUUUAUUCAUAUUUAGUAUUAUUUUGUAACUAUAUCUUGACAUUAAUUGAAUAACAAUUUAAAAAAAAAUAAUUUUCUCGAACUUCUUAUCCAAAUAUUUCGAUUUUGGAGGCUAACUUCGAAAAUGGGAGAAUACAAUUUUUUAUUUAUGACUCAAUCUAAAUUUUUUGAUCCAAUUUCCAAACCUAAAUGAUAAUUUAAUAUUUUUUAAAUGAUAAUUAAUAUAUUUACAUUCUAUGAAUUAUAUUGAAGCUUUCCAAAGAAUGAAUUUUCGAAAUUAUUAAAUUACAAUAUUUUUUAAAUUCAAUUUAUGCAUAAAUUUAAGCGUCUAAUAUGAUUUAUAGCUCAAAGUCAAUUAUCUAGUGGAUUAAACAUUUAUUUCAUAAUUACAUUUUUUGGAAUAUAACUUUCGUUUGACUUAGCAGUAAAAAAACAAAAAAAUGAUUGUCAUAAGGCUCUUAGGCUUUAAAAAUUUCAGCUGUUUCAGAUUUAUUUGCACUUAAGUAUAUUUUAGAGGCUUAUAAAAGCGGAACAUAAUUUUUUAUUAACGUUUGCCAUUUUUUUAUUUAUUUUUAUUUUAUUUUCAUUUUAUUUUUUGCUUACUUUUAUUUUAUUUUUUGUUUAUUAUUAUUUUUUUUUUAAUAUAAAAAUUAAGUUUUUUUUUUAAUAUUUGCUAUUAAUGUCUUAUAAACAGUGUGCUGAAUAUUUGGAAAUUUUGUUUAAUUUAAAAUUAUGUUUACUUAAAUUUGCGCUUUAUUUAUUAUAAAAAUGUCAUUUAAUUAAUUUUCAUUGAUUUCGCUACCAAACUGUAAGCGCUCUUAUUAAUAAAUAUAACUACAUACAUACAUAUAUACAAACUUACAAUAAAUAUAUACACUAUAAUAUUAGUAAAAAGUAUAAAAAUAUAAUAUUAGCAACAACACUACAUACAUAUAUUAGUUAGCUAUAAAUAACGUGAUGGUAGUGAUUGCCAAGUGCUUAGUGAAUUAGAACUACACCUAAUUAUAAUAAUAUUAAAAAUAAGUCUUAAGUGAGACAAAGAUGUAUACUUAAUUAGGCCUAAAGCGCUGUACUUACAACAACAAUUACUGCAUAUGUGUACAAUACAUUGUAUGUAUGUAUUCGGAGUAUUUCGCUCAAAAUAUUUAUCAUUCACCUGUAUUAUUAUAUUCUAAUAUUGUACUAAUAAUUAUGUUAAUUAAUAUUAUUAUUUUUUUAUUUCUUGAACAUAGACGUGAAUCGCUCCACGCACCUUUUCCUUUCCGUGCAAUGUAUACUCAAAGAUUGCCUCAUCAGUAUAUUGGAAUUUUACAAAUCCCUACUGAUACCCAACUACUGUGUAGAUAACUAGCGCAAAAAAACAAAACUCCACGCGUUAAACAUAAUAAUAUUAGUUGUAAGUUGUUGUUUUUUUAUUGUUUUUUUUCAUUAUUUAUACAUUUUUUAAUAUUUUUCUGAGGAGCACGGCAAAUUAAAAGCGCAUUUCUCAUUGAAUUCAUAUCAUUAAAAUAAUUUAAUCUUUUGUUCAUUUAUAUAGGGUAAAUAGGGUGCCCAAACGGCGUUGUCUUACUAAAAACGGUAGUUCUAAAUAUAACCUAUAAAUAAUUCAUUGUACGCAAUUCAUGAAAAUAAUUUUAUUUACUAAAUUUUCAUUUACAUACAAUUUUUGUAAAAAAAAAAAUUCUACAAAUUCUGCAGGCAUUGAGGAAAGAAUGCCAUUUAAAAAAAAUUUCUAUGUUAAAUGAAAUAAUUUUUUUUUGUAUUAAUAAUUUUUUUUCAAUUAAACAUUUUUUUUAAUUAAAAAUUGUUUUUUUUUUUUAAUUUUUUUUAAUUUAAAUAUUUUUAUUUAAUUUUUUUUUUAUUUAUUUUUUAAUACUAUAAAAUGUAAGCAAAAAUUAUUUUUUAUAAACUAUGUAAGCAAUAAAGAGUAGCAAUAAAACGCAAUAAACUGGCAUGUUGCGUCGGUCUUUAGCUAA